CAUCCUCGUCUGUUGUUGAAUUAAUUAAUUUGUACAGGAGUUUCCUCAAAUUCAACCUAACCAAACUCAAAACACAGACUAAAAAAAACUCAAGUUCAUGAUUUUUUUCACAUCACAUACCGAAAAUCCCCUGAGAAAACAACACACACAUUCAAAUCAACGGUGAAAUCAUACACAUAACACUGACAAAAACUCCAACUAAACGCCGUUAGGAUUUCACAGAGCGCUCAAUCACAUUAUUGAAGAGUAGCAAUUGAUGAGGCCGAGGUGGCUAGGCAGUGUUAGAAGCUACGCGAAGAAUCUUCGCAUUGAUGGAGUGAAAGAUACCAUAGCUAUUGCUUCCGGUAAAGGCGGUGUCGGCAAAUCCACAACUGCUGUGAAUUUAGCUGUUGCACUUGCGAGUAAGUUUCAGCUGAAGGUUGGUUUACUUGAUGCUGAUGUAUAUGGACCCAACAUUCCUAUCAUGAUGAACAUCAACACAAAACCUGAAGUCACUCUAGAUAAGAAAAUGAUUCCCAUUGAUAGUUUUGGGAUAAAGUGUAUGUCGAUAGGGUUCCUUGUGGAGAAGAAUGCCCCAAUUGUCUGGAGAGGUCCCAUGGUAUCAAACGCUCUUGAGAAAAUGACAAGGGGAGUUGACUGGGGUCACCUUGACAUUCUAGUGAUAGAUAUGCCCCCUGGUACCGGUGAUGUCCAGAUAUCUAUGUCUCAGAAUCUGCAAUUAUCAGGUGCACUGAUUGUUUCGACUCCUCAAGAUGUUGCAUUAAUGGAUGCGAGGAGGGGAGUACAAAUGUUCAAUAAAGUUGAUAUUCCGAUUUUGGGAGUUAUAGAGAAUAUGAGCUGCUUCAAGUGUCCACAUUGUGGCGAACCUUCAUAUAUAUUUGGAAAAGGAGGGGCUCAUAGCACAGCCCUUGAAAUGGGAUUAGAAUUUCUUGGCGAGAUACCACUGGAAGUGGGGAUCAGGGAAGCUUGUGAUCAAGGGCACCCAAUAGUGCUGGCCGCACCUGAUUCGGUAGUUUCCAGAGCAUAUGGCAAUAUUGCUGAAAAAGUUGUUCAGAAACUCAAGGAGCGAAAAUUUCAACCAGAAAUUAUACUAUGAUAACCCUCCGGUCUGUGAACAAGAAAAAGGACCGAGCUGGCUUCCCUUAUGCUGGUUAAACUGGGUUUUGACUACUUCUAAAUUUUGUUGAAAUUGUAGCAUGAGAUGCGGGCCUGGCAUAUGAUAUAGAUUUGUAGAUUCAGGUAUGUUCAAUUUUGUUUAAUAAGCUGUUAGUGAUUCUUUGACGUCACAUGGGUGCUGUCAAAUUAGCGGUUUAAUUUAACUUCAACAUUGAGAUUACAUAGAAUUGGAAGCAAAGCAGUGUUUUGUGAUGCCAUUCCUUAAGCUGUAAUGUGACUGUCUUUACGCUUAUAAUGAGCUUAAACCAAAAUGAUGACAAUUUCGGAUUUGUUUAA